CGCGCCGGGGUGUGCGGGUGCGAGCCAGUGUGUGCCGGGGCGUGAGCCUGGGUGAGUGCGAACCGGCGUGCGCGCCGGGGUAGGGGCGAGCCCCGAGCGUCUACACCAGCCAUGAGGGGCGCGGGCGCCUGGCUUGCUCUCUGCCUGCUGCUGGCCGCCGCCGCCCAGCUCUCGCGGCAGCAGUCCCCGGAGAGACUUGUUUUCACAUGUGGUGGCGUUUUUACUGGAGAGUCUGGAUUUAUUGGCAGCGAAGGUUUUCCUGGAGUGUACCCUCCAAAUAGCAAAUGUACUUGGAAAAUCACAGUUCCCAAGGGAAAAGUAGUCGUUCUUAAUUUCCGAUUCAUAGACCUCGAGAGUGACAACCUGUGCCGCUAUGACUUUGUGGAUGUGUACAAUGGCCAUGCCAAUGGUCAGCGUAUUGGACGCUUCUGUGGGACGUUCCGGCCUGGAGCCCUUGUGUCCAGUGGCAACAAGAUGAUGGUGCAGAUGAUUUCCGAUGCCAACACAGCUGGGAAUGGCUUCAUGGCCAUGUUCUCUGCCGCUGAACCAAAUGAAAGAGGAGAUCAAUAUUGUGGAGGACGCCUUGAAAGACCUUCCGGCUCUUUUAAAACCCCCAACUGGCCAGACCGUGAUUACCCUGCAGGAGUCACUUGUGUGUGGCAUAUUGUAGCUCCAAAAAAUCAGCUUAUAGAAUUAAAGUUUGAGAAGUUUGAUGUUGAGCGCGAUAACUACUGCCGAUAUGAUUAUGUGGCUGUGUUUAAUGGUGGAGAAGUCAAUGAUGCUAAAAGAAUUGGAAAGUAUUGUGGUGAUAGUCCACCUGCACCAAUUAUAUCUGAGAAAAAUGAACUUCUUAUUCAGUUUUUCUCAGACUUAAGCUUAACUGCAGAUGGAUUUAUUGGUCACUACAAAUUCAGGCCAAAAAAACUACCUACAACUACAGCACUACCUGUUACCACCACAUUCCCUAUAACUACAGGUUUAAAACCCACUGUGGCCCUGUGUCAACAAAAGUGUAGAUGGACAGGGACUCUGGAGAGCAAUUAUUGUGCAAGUAACUUUGUAUUGGCCGGCACCGUUAUCACAACGGUCACUCGAGGUGGAAGUCUGCAUGCCACAGUCUCACUCAUCAACAUCUACAAAGAGGGAAAUCUGGCAAUUCAGCAGGCCGGCAAGAACAUGAGUGCCAAGGUCAUUGUGGUCUGCAAGCAGUGCCCUCUCCUGAGAAGGGGUCAAAAUUACAUUAUUAUGGGCCAAGUAGGCGAAGAUGGGCGAGGCAAAAUUAUGCCAAACAGCUUUAUCAUGAUGUUCAAGACCAAGAAUCAGAAGUUCCUGAAUGCCUUGGAAAACAAGCAAUGUUAACAGUGAACUGUGUCAAUAUAAGCUUCAUUCUGUCAUUGCCUUGGAAAGAUCUAUUUUUCUCAGUAGAAAAACAAUCUUGUAAUAUUAAAUAUUGAGCAUUCGGAAAGAUUUACUCUUCACAUGAUGGAGGUAUGAGACCUCUGAUAUUGCUGAUGGAAGUUCUGUGCCUGUACCAAGAGGAGCAAUAUCUAAUGGAGAACCUGCAGACUCACUGUGGUGAUAGGAGACUACCUGUAUCAAGCGUUGACAGUUUGGAAGCAGUUUAUUUAUACAUGUCUGUACAAGGGUAUUUUAGAAAUGAGUUUUGUGAAGAUGUAAAAAAGAUUUUAUAAGUGCGAUAUUUAUAGUGGUAUUUGUUUUACCUUCAAGCGCUUGCUUCAAGGUGUCAUAUUCUUCUCUUGCAUUUUUAAAUCAAUGCUUAAUAAAAUAUUUUAAAUGAUUAUAUAACAAC